AUGUCAAGUCCCACAAUUGGAACCUGUCCCCAGUUCACACAGCAUGCAUGGAAGCAAGAUUUCUGCGCUAAUUGCUCUAAACCAAAAGCUGUCCACAAGAUGAAUGAUUUCAUUGUUGAAGCUGAGGUUUGCAGCAGUGCCAGUAACAACAAUAAUAAUAAAUUUCAGUUAAAUUCCAAGGAAGAUGCUAAAUCAAAAUUCAUUAAUAACCCGAUUCAAAAACCUGACAAACCAGUGAAACCAUGUUAUUUAUUGCACAAUAGCCAACAGAAAAAUAUCAAAUUAGAAAAUGCCUCAAAAAGUAUCAAAAAAGAUACCAGUCAUUAUUACCAGGUUUAUGACAUAACUGCAAAAGGUGCAUCAGGCAAGCCAGUUGAUUUAAAUUCCACAGAUGAUGAAUCUCAUUGUGACAAAAAUUCUGAUGACAAUUUAGUAGAUAGUUACUGUCCCAUGGCAACUCCUUACACAGUUGUUGAUGUUAUCACUUCAACGCUCGAAAAAAAUCGCCAGUUAGCGAAGGCCAAACAGAAUCUGCCAACCAACCUGCCACCCAGCCUGCCUACCACUCCAGCACCUGACUACAAGAGGAAGUGCAUGACAAUUGGUCGAAAAGAUUCCAAACAAAUUCUUGCUGAUGUUGUGGAUAGAAACAAACUGAUGGACAAACCUUCAGUCAGUGUUGAUGGUGAACAGAAAAUGAACAGAAAAAAUUCUACUGCUGUUCAUGUUGAUGAGAACAUUAAAGAAAGCAAUUUCUUUUCUCCUGAGCAUUAUAAACCAAGAUUAUAUGAAGAAAUUGAUGAUGAAUUUCUGGAAAAAGUUGCCACUUUACAAAAUCAAAAACUUCAUGAUAAAGAGGAAGAAAAAGAUGAGGCUUCAAAUGGUGAAAUUGUUGAUUCACUCACUGCUCAAAAUGAUCUUAAUGCUAGUGGGGUUGAUAGAAAUAAAAAUGUUAAAAAAAAACAAGAUGCACCAAAAAGAUCAUUCUUUCAAAAAUUACUUGGUAGAGGAAACAAAGAAAUUGAUGAUAACAAAACAUCAAAAUCUGAAAAAGUUUUGAAGAAAAAUUCUUCUUUAAAUGAUGUUUUAGCAGAUGAAACAAAUCUUAACAACUGUGACAUCGUAUCAAAAAAAUCUCUUGACCUCCUAACAACUUCAACUCUGGUUGACAACCAAUCACUCAAAUGCACUUCCUUGGCUGUGUGCUCAAACAUGAAAAGUUCCUUAUAUGAGAAUUCCCCAGAGGUGGAUGUGGUGAGUAGAAAGUCUCAAAUUAGUGAAGAUUUUGUGAAGGAAGUUGAAGAAAAAAUAGAGACACUGGUCAGGAAGCAAUCAUCAAAUAAGAUGACAGUGCAAUCAUCAUCAUGUGAACAGCUAGAUUGUAGAGCCAGUUGUGAUAAUCUGAACAAUGAUGCAGAUGGCCUUGGGGACUUUGAUAAGUUAAAAACUUCUUCAAGCAAAAAUAUGAUGGGAACCUCAAUUGUUUGCCAAACAAAUGAGCCAGCAUCAAACAUCAGAUCAAGUACAAUAAUUGGCGGAGGAAGUUCUACGUUAAAACUCACUUCAAGUAGGAAAUCUAUGACUACAGCUGAAGCAAAAUUAGCCCGCAAAAUGCUGGUAGCUCCUCCCCCUCCACCUCUAUCGACCAAUCCUGUAUUAAAAUCAAGUGAGACUAUUGGGCCAGUAUCCAGUCAAUCACCAACAGAUGAUGUUUUCAAAUCCCCAGCUCUGACCAAUAAAACAUCUCUCAUCGAUGGAUUUAUGGCUGAUUUAGAUGAAAUUUUGAAGAGAGAUGGUUUUGGAGGAGGGGGAACAAAGACUGACAAUGCAUCAAACACUUUACCAAAUCUCUUGUCAAAGCAUUCUGAUAAAAAAUCUACAACAACACACUGCAGCAACGUGCUUUGCCUGACUUACCAGUACAUAAUGCAACUGCAACAACAGCAGCUACAACAUCAUCUUUUCUGCAAUCGCCAGCUCAUAGCACUUCAUCUGAUGGAGAAGUACCUGUCGUUCAACUUCCCAAACCUGCCCCCAGAGCAGCCAUCAGAUCAUGAUGAUGGCGAUGAUGUUAAUGAUGGGAACGUGAAAGGCUUGAGCUGGAAAGCAAGCAUGUUGAACAGCAUUAAACUGGAAGACUCAGUUGAGAAUCGGUUUAGAGAGCUUUCUAGAUUCACACACAGAUCUCUACAAAAUUAUUUAAGCACCUCCAUGACAACAACCGGUAACCAUGGCAACCGACAUAUAACCAUCGCUAUUGAGGAAUAUAAGACAAUGGAAAUGGUCAUAAUUAAGAAAUUGGAGAGUAAAAGUGAACCAACAGUAAAGCAGGGUAGUGCAUUAUUCUAUGAGAUGGAUGUUUCAGAUGUUGAGGCUCUCCAACAACACACCAACUCAAUUGUCAUCAUGGUCGAUGGACCUCAGCAAACACUUACCCAGUCAAACAGCAGAAACAGCCAGACUUUUGUUGUCAACCACCAACUAAAAAAUGUUGAACCUCUUCAUAGUUUCCACCUCACAGCACCAUCACGCACAACAACCACCACCGUCAAAACAUGCUGGGAUCACUUUACACCAUCGAAUCCUACUGAUCAAUCCAACAUCACUCUCCACAUUCUGCCCUACAGCAAAAUAUUUCAACUGUCCACUGUCAUCUCAUGUUCAAAGAAAGAGAUAUCGACACCAAUCACUGAUAAGUUGUGUUACAUGUUGCCAUCAAGCAAACAUUCAUUAUCAGCUGCUGCAGCAUCUUCAUCAUCAUCUUCUCCAUGGAGGUGGCUUGCCAUGACAAUGUUGGGAUUGUUGGAUGAUUUGGUUGAAAAUAAAGAUUCCAAAACUAGUCUUAGAAUGGAAGAUGUGAUAUUAGCUCUUCCUCUGUCGAUGCAUCCAAUAAACAACAAAUUGACAGAUGUUGUAUUUUCAUCUCAUCAGAUCAGGAUGGCUAGAGAUGGUGUUGAUAGUGGGAAGAAUGCAGAGAUUGUGAAGAACAGAUCAGUAGCUGAGAAACAAAUUAUAGAUGAUCUAAUCAAGCUGAUCAAAAGUCUGAUAGAAUUAGUUGCCUCCUGCAAGAAACCAACAACACCACCCACAGUGGUUUGCCUAGAUAAAAAACAACAACCAUUCCAUAAAUCACAACUCUCUUCCAGCCAUACCAACACUACUAGCAACAACAACAACACUGACGUUGACAGCAGCAGUACUAACAUCAAAAAUAUAAACUCAACUGGUCUCUCCUCCUCUUCUUCUGAUAUGAUCACAGCACAGGCCCUAGUUGAAUUGAAAUGCCAAAGGUUUAUGAAAAAGAUAGAACGCGUCAUUCAUACUAACGAUUUAAAAGUAUGGACAGAUGUUAUGAAAUUAAGAAAUUCCUUAGAAUUAUGUUUUUGGGGUCCGGAAUCAGAUGAAGAUUUGAAGGUGGCAGCCAUUGAACCUAAUCGACAUGAGAUUUUGGGUGGGUGGUUAAGUGUCAGCCGGGGGCAGGUCCUGACAGAACUUAUGCAAUUCAAUGACACUCAGCCUAAAAGUUUUAAUGAUGAUUUUGAAUGUUUAAAAUUAAGGUGUGAAUGUGUAAGGAGGGCUGAAUUUUUAAACAAUUGUAAUGUUGAUAUCCUGCUUGAUGCUAUUAAAUGGAUCUUCUUCUGA